CCCCCCUGUUUCCAUGGAUAUCGCCAACCAUCUCUCCCCGCCGUCUCUUCCACCCGAAUUUAAUGGACCCAAACCUGGCCCUUUCUCCCUCGCUCCCUCUGUACCGCCAAACUCCUCCAACUAUCACCCGCCAUUUUCAUUUCUACAGCCUCUUUUCUCCUUCCCUCAUUUUCAUCCUUCCCAGAACCCACAUUAUUAUUCAACCUUGCAUUGAAUUUUACCAAUGGAAGCCUGAAGCUUGCCAUCUACGGUUGAUCGCCGUCCGGCAGGCACAAAUCAAAAAUUUUCCAACUGUUUUUGAGUGUUUUGUGCCGUCAUAUUAUUGCAAUGAGAAGAGCAAGGGUUCUGGAUGUGAUAUUAUCUUUAGCUAUUCUUUUGGGGCUUUUGCCGAACAUUUGGUGUGCGGAUGAGGAUGGCAGAGGCAGGUCCAGUGGGAGUGCAGUGUCGCCGCUUGUUACGUCGCUUAUCUACAAUCAGAUAUCCAACUUCACGUCCGUGUUUAACAAAGAUAUCUCCCGUCAUUUGGGGUUCUGCAUAAAGGAUGUGGAUGCUGAUUGGAAUGGAGCAUUCAACUUUUCAAAUAAUUUGGAUUUCGUGACCAAGUGUGUUAGGGAGAUAAAAGGAGAUGUUAUGCAGCGGCUAUGCACUGCAGCGGAAAUAAAAUUUUAUUUCAAUAGCUUCUUUGAAAGAGGGUCAUCAAAUGCCCAUUUUUUACGGCCUAACAGGAAUUGCAACUUGACCCAUUGGGUUCCUGGAUGCGAGUCAGGAUGGUCUAGUUGUGUUCCUCCAAAUGUGAAGGUUGACCUCAGAAACUCAAAGGACAUGCCAACACGUACUAAUGACAGUCGACCAUGUUGUGAGGGCUUCUUUUGUCCUCAGGGUAUUACUUGCAUGAUCCCUUGUCCAUUAGGUUCCUAUUGCCCACGUGCAAAGCUCAACAAAACUACAGGCAUAUGUGAUCCAUACCAUUACCAACUGCCUCCUGGAAAAGUGAAUCAUACUUGUGGUGGAGCUGAUAUUUGGGCUGAUGUUACAAGUAGCAGCGAGAUAUUCUGUUCAGCGGGGUCAUACUGUCCUACUACUACCGAAGAGGUUCCUUGUAGUAGUGGACAUUACUGCCAGAUGGGUUCUACAGGUGAACAAUUAUGUUUCCAGUUGAGUACCUGCAACCCAAAAACAGCGACUCAAAAUAUGCAUGCUUAUGGGCUCAUGUUUAUUGGUGUGCUUAGUAUCAUGCUCCUAGUUAUCUAUAAUUUCUCAGACCAAGUCAUCAGUACUCGAUAUAAAAGACUGGCUAAGUCCAGGGAAGCAGCAGCAAGAAGUGCUCGAGAAACUGCACAAGCAAGAGAAAGGUGGAAGUCUGCUAAAGAUGGGGCCAAGAAAGGUGCUUUCAGCUUGCAACAGUUAUCACGCACAUUUUCAAGGAAGACAACUAAUAAACGAUCAGAACAAUUGAAAUUUCCAAGCAGCUUUAAGCCUGGAACUGACAAUUCUCCAUUACCACAUGUGCCUAUGAAACCAUCUGCAGCUCCAAAAGCAAAGAGUAACGAACCAAGUAACCUCACAAAAAUGCUGAACUCUCUUGAGGACAACCCAGAUAGUAAUCAGGGCUUUAAUCUGGAGAUUGGAGACAAACAUAUCAAAAAGCAAAUGCCAAAGGCAAAACAGUUGCAUACCAAAAGUCAAAUAUUCAAGUAUGCGUACGGUCAACUUGAGAAGGAGAAAGCCAUGGAGGAGAAGAAUAAGAACUUGACCUUCUCGGGAAUAAUAUCCAUGGCAACUGAUGAUGAUAUCAGGACCAGGCCUCCAAUUGAGGUUGCAUUCAAGGAUCUAACCCUUACUCUGAGACGGAAGAAAAAACAUCUUCUGAGGUGUGUUAGUGGGAAAAUUAUGCCUGGUCGAAUUUCUGCUGUCAUGGGUCCAUCGGGGGCUGGAAAAACAACAUUUCUUUCUGCUUUGGCUGGAAAGGUUACGGGAUGCUCUAUGUCAGGUUUAAUUCUUAUAAAUGGAAAAUCUGAAUCCAUUCACUCGUACAAAAAAAUUAUUGGUUUUGUCCCACAAGAUGAUGUUGUGCAUGGAAACUUGACAGUGGAGGAGAAUCUCAGAUUUAGUGCUCGGUGCAGACUGGCUGCUGACCUGCCAAAAGCCGAUAAAGUUCUGGUUGUUGAAAGAGUUAUUGAGUCAUUGGGGCUACAGGGUGUGAGGGAUUCCCUGGUUGGGACAGUAGAGCAGCGAGGAAUCUCUGGUGGCCAGAGGAAGCGUGUAAAUGUUGGCCUGGAAAUGGUCAUGGAACCUUCACUUUUGAUAUUGGAUGAGCCCACAUCUGGUUUGGAUAGUUCUUCUUCUAAUUUACUUCUCAGAGCACUUCGGCGUGAAGCUCUUGAAGGGGUAAACAUCUGCAUGGUCGUUCACCAACCAAGCUAUGCGUUGUUCAAGAUGUUUGAUGACUUAAUCCUUCUCGCAAAAGGUGGUCUUACGGUUUACCAUGGAUCUGUAAAGAAUGUUGAACAAUACUUUGGUGGCCUUGGAAUCCAUGUACCAGAUCGUGUUAAUCCUCCAGAUCACUUCAUUGACAUUUUGGAGGGUUUGGUUAAAACUGGCUCAAAUGUGACCAUUGAACAGCUUCCUGUCAGGUGGAUGCUUCAUAAUAGUUACCCAGUGCCCCCAGAUAUGAUGCAUUAUUGUGAUGAAAUUGCACAGUCCUCAUCAGGUAAAACUUUAAGUACUGAGGGGGCUACUGAGCAAUGGCAGGAUGUGAAGUUCAAUGUUGAUAUUCAUCGAGAUCAUUUAGAGCUCAAUUUCUUAAAAUCUCAUGAUCUAUCUAAUCGAGUUACUCCUGGUGUCCUCCGGCAGUUCAGAUACUUCAUUGGAAGGGUAACCAAGCAGAGAUUGAGAGAGGCUAGAAUGCAAGCAGCGGAUUAUCUUAUUCUGCUACUUGCUGGAGCAGCAUUAGGAACCCUUGCCAAAGUGAACGAUGAGACAUUCGGGGCUCUUGGUUAUACAUACACUGUUAUUGCUAUUUCACUGCUUUGCAAGAUAGCAGCUUUGAGAUCAUUUUCACUUGAUAAAAUACACUAUUGGAGGGAGAGUGCGUCUGGCAUGAGUACUCUAGCUUAUUUUCUCUCCAAGGAUACAAUAGACCACUUCAAUACACUUGUCAAGCCUUUGGUGUAUCUUUCCAUGUUCUAUUUCUUAAGCAACCCGAGGUCAACUUUCACGGAUAAUUAUCUUGUUUUGCUUUGCCUUGUGUACUGUGUAACUGGCAUGGCAUAUGUAUUUGCCAUCUUGUUCGAACCUGGUCCAGCUCAACUGUGGUGUGUUCUUCUUCCAGUUGUUCUGACACUCAUUGCAAACCAGGAUAAAGAUUCUGAAAUUGCAAAACUUCUAGGGAAUUUUUGCUAUCCGAAGUGGGCUUUAGAAGCUUUUGUAAUUGCAAAUGCUGGAAGGUACUCUGGCGUAUGGCUGAUAACUCGCUGUGGUUCAUUGAUGCAAAGUGGCUACGACAUUGGUAACUGGAAUAGCUGUUUACUUUGCCUCAUAUUCACUGGUAUACUAUGUCGUUUGGUAGCUUACGUCUGUGUCCUGACCUUCCAGAAGAAGUGAGUGCUACUCUUCAUAUUCCCACCAUUUUUUGUUUUUGUUUUUUGUAAAAAAAUGUAGAAGUAUAGUUUUCACAUCCUUGUACCAUACAUAGCAUUCAGUUGUAUUAUUCCAAGUAUUCGGAGUGACAAUACAAAAUUUAUUUGUAGCAAAAUAGUGAUUGUAGAGGUGCGAUGCAAAAUUUUCAGGUGAAAA